AAAAACUUUCUCAUCUCUCUCUAUUCACCCUGCAUCUCUCUCGAGUUUGAACUAGUUUCUCAUUUAGGAGUGAAAAACAACCGUGCACCAUUGGGCAACAGGUAGAGGACCUCGGUGAAACAUCUCUUACUGUACUAUUCAACGUCCCGCAUUAAAACCCUAUCGAGUCAUUGUUGCUGUAAUAAAACAAAGUCAAAAGUAGGACUGGAAAAUAAAUCAAUCCAACAUUACAACUAAAGUGAACAUUUUGAAUGUGUCCCUAAGCUCCAGUCUGCCACAGCCGGUCUGCUGUGCUGUUUUCUAAGUGCCUCCCCCUUGAGAGAGAGUCAGGGGAACAUGAAGGUCUUUGUCCUGCUGUACCUCUAUGACUGCGCCCCUGUGAAGGUGCCUUAUGGCUGCUCGCCUGGGCCGACUUUAAACUGGAGAUUAGCUUAACAAACUCAGCGCCGGGUUGGUGGAGGAGGGGAUGCCGGAGAAACGGAAAUGUUAGGAGCAACACGAGUGGUGGCGUCUCAGCAAUGUUGUGGACCAGAGAUUGACCCGAAAGUCGCCUUCCCGCGACGAGCCCAGCCUAAGUUGGUGACACGGACAAAGAAAAUAUUUGUUGGCGGCCUGUCAGUGAACACCACUAUUGAAGAUGUAAAGCAGUACUUUGACCAGUUCGGAAAGGUCGAUGAUGCAAUGCUUAUGUUUGACAAAACAACCAACAGGCACAGAGGGUUUGGAUUUGUGACGUUUGAGAAUGAAGAUGUAGUGGAGAAAGUUUGUGAGAUCCAUUUCCACGAGAUCAACAACAAGAUGGUGGAAUGUAAGAAAGCCCAGCCCAAGGAAGUGAUGUCACCCACAGGCUCUUCAAGGGGUCGUGCACGUGUGAUGCCAUAUGGAAUGGAUGCUUUCAUGCUUGGGAUUGGAAUGCUGGGGUACCCAGGGUUCCAGGCCGCUACAUAUGCCAGUCGCAGCUAUGCUAGUCUUACACCAGGAUACACAUAUCAGUUCCCUGAAUUCCACUUAGAGAGGACCCCCCUUCUGACAUCACCCCACCCCCCUGAGCUCACAGCCAUACCUCUUACAGCGUACAACCCCAUGGCAGCGGCCGCCGCAGCAGCAGCUGUGGUCAGAGGCUCCACUCCUUCCCGCACAGCUGGGUUUCUGGGUACCAGCAGUCCCGGGCCGAUGGCAGACCUGUAUGGAACGACCAGUCAGGAGUCAGCAGUCAGUAGUUACAUCAGCGCUGCCAGUCCCGCACCAAGCACUGGAUUCAGUCACAGCCUCGGGGGUCCUCUGAUAGCUACAGCAUUCACUAAUGGCUACCACUGAAAUGUAUGAUUGACAGCUACAAUAAUGAUUAUUGUUUUUAUGUCUUCCCCAAAUCUUAAAGGGCCACUCCACUUU